AUGGUUAAAUAUUAUGCCGUAAGGAUUGGACGACAGCCCGGAGUCUAUAACAACUGGUCUGAGGCCUGGACUCAAACACAUCGCUAUCCAUACAAUCAAUGCAAACGUUUCAAUACAUAUGAAGAAGCGGUCGAUUACGUGAACGGCGGCCCACGAUCUCCGGCCACUGGCGAAGCCGUCUAUGAUCGCAACUAUUGGAGACCAGUGCCGGACAUGGGUUGUGGCAAUUCGUAUGAGACAUGUCCGGAACGGUUCCAGAUCUAUACGGACGGCGCGUGUCGGGGCAACGGAACCGCUUCAGCCAUCGGCGGUAUUGGUGUCCAUUUCCCCGAUUGGCGAGACUAUAUCAGCGAACCAUUGCCCGGACGGCAGACCAACAUUUGUGCCGACAUAUACGCGGCCAAACUGGCCGUCAAAACGGCUGUCAAAUUGGGAGAAUGUCUUCUGGAGAUCAAUACAGACAGCGAGUUCUUAGUGAAUUCGAUGACCAAAUGGAUCGGCAAAUGGCAGCAAAACGGGUGGAAGUGUAUCGAUGACCGCCCCGUCAAGAAUAAGAAGGACUUUUUAGCCCUUCUCGAGUGGACCCAAUACGCCGACAUUGUGUGGACUAAAGUGGCCGCACAUUCAGGUAUCGCCGGCAACGAGAGGGCCGACCGAUUGGCUCAUUGGGCUAUCGAGGAUCAGCUUAGAAGACAUUAG